UGGUUUCGAACUCCUGACCUCAAGUGAUCCACCCGCCUUGACCUCCCAAAAUGCUGGGAUUACAGGCAUGAGCUACUGCACCUGGCCAUCACUCAUUCCUUUAUAAUAACCGAGUGCAGGAUAAUAACAAAUAAUAGGAUUAUAAUGAAAUUGUAGCAGGUACGCUAUUAGAAUUUUGAAACAACUAAAGGAAUAGAAGAUUACUGUUCAGGAAGACCAUCUGUUUCAAACAUUAGUGAUCUUCAUGAGCUUUGGGCAGGUUUCUUUGAAUUUAGCUUUUUGUAUGAAGUGCCUUGGCUAGUAUGUAUGUGGUUCAGGAUCCACCACAGAAGGAUACCCAGAAAGCAUUCUAUUAUGAGAGCUAGGCUAGUAUUACUGGGGCAAACAGAAAGCCAGUCUAGUUUCCUAUGGUCAUGAUCGGCAGAGCUACAAGCCCCUAAUAUAAAUUAUGUCUAGAAGGCAUUCAUUUUAAUAUAAAAGAAUAAUUGUGUUAUAGAUGAAGGAUUGAAGAGUCACUCACCAAAAUUCCACUUCCCAAAUUAAAUCAUUUUAGUGUAUUUUUGGUUAUUCUGGUUUAUAAAUGUCUAAAAACAAUUAUACAAGUGACAAAUGACUAUUUCCCAUUAUAAAAAGCAUGUAGAGUCUGGGUAGCUCGGGGUUUCGAUCUCCUGCCUCUGACAACGCCGUGAUCUCCUCUCCCCUCCAAUCCUAUCGGCGAUGGACAAUGCCUGCGAGUCAUCUACGGACAAAGGUGGAGAGACAGGGGAGCCAGAUGAGACAGCCGCUGCUCCCGGGGACACGGGGGCUACCGACGUGGGUGGAAUCCCAGAGGAAACUGAUGGAGACGCAGAUGCGGACUUGAAAGAAGCUGCAGUGGAGGAAAGCGAGCUCAAGAGUCAGGAUGUCUCAAAUUUAACAACAGUUGAAAGGGAAAACUCAUUGUUAUUUACUCCUGCAGCCAAAAAACUGAAAAUAGAUACCAAAGAAAAGAAAGUAGAUGAAGAUGAGAUUCAGAAGAUGCAAAUCCUGCCACUGUGCCCAGCGGUUUCUUCUUUUUCUGUGGAGCAGCUGAACCAUUAUGAAAUGUAUUGCCACUCAGCGUUCCCUAAGGCAGCCAUCAAAAGGCUGAUCCAGUCCAUCAGUGGCACCUCUAUGUCUCAGAAUGUUGUUAUUGCUGUGUCUGAUCUUUCCAAGGUUUUUGUCUGGGAGGUGGUAGAAGCAGCACUGAAUGUGUGUCAGAAGUGGGAAGAAAUGCCACCACUACAACCCAAACAUAUGAGGGAAGCUGUUAGAAAGUUAAAAUCAAAAGGACAGAUUCCUAACUCAAAGCAUAAAAAAAAUCAUCUUCUUCUAGAUUGAAGUCUAGAAAGGCCUAUUACUGACAGAAGAAGUAUUGGUUCCAGACUUCCUCUAAGACCGUCUGCACUGGUGCUUUAGUGUCUCAGUCCUCCAAGGAUUCCAUGAUGAUUUUAAUGUCUUUCUCAAAACUCUGAGAUUUGUCACACCUAGUAAGUGUGUAGCCUGUUUGAUACUUGCCUUGACUAAAUUUUUGGACCUCUUGGGGCAUUUUGAAGUUUUUAACUGUCUUGGCCAGUUGGAAGAAGAUGUGUGGGCUGUAAGCAUCUUCUGGACAGGGGAACUGCUUUCAGAGAGAAAACAAUUCCAAGAGAGUUUUUUUUUUUUUUGGAGAUAGGGUCUUGCUCUGUCACCCAGGCUGGAGUGCAGCGGCAUGACCGCAGCCUUGAACU